GUCAAACACCUUUCUGCUCUCAGUCACUAUCUGGUCAUCACGUGGGUUGCUGCUGCAGCUGGGAUCGGAUGGUUGUGGUCAGCAGUGGACUAGGCUCAGGUGUGAUAUUCACCACUUAUCUGAGUAAUCACGAUGCACAGAAUUAAUCCUUGGAUAUUGCCCAAGGAGAAGGUUGGCAUCAACAAUGAACCUCCAACUGUGGUACCAGAGGGUGACCUGGUGAAAGUGCUGAGGUGUAUGCUGAGCGACACCACUGCCAUUUCCUUGGCUUGGAUUUGCAUGAACCUCAAAUUUGACAAGAUGUACGCCAAGCGAUCCUUUGUGCACUGGUACGUGGGGGAGGGUCUGGAGGAAGGGGAGUUCCUCGACGCACGGGAGGACAUGGCCUCACUCGAGAAGGAUUGAGAAGAGCUGGGGGCCAACUCUUCCUCACUGGACAGGAGGACAGAGGAAGAAGAACAUUAAGAAGUAUUCAUUAAUUCAGAUGAUUGAAAACAUUUUAUCUUUAUUUAAUAAAAACAGAAAGAACUGAAGAUGCUGUAAAUCAGAAACAAAAACAGAAGUUGUUGGAAGC